AUGGCGGCCACGGCGGCGGCGGAUGGCCCCGAGUGCCCCGCCACGCAGGUCGUGGGCGCCGACGGGGAGAUGGACGGCGCGGCGAUGGAGCGGUUCGCGGCCGCGGCGGGGCUCGCCUCGCGGGGCCUCUCCUACGCCGUCGUCUCCAUCUUCGGGCCCCAGGGCAGCGGGAAAAGCACCUUGCUCAACCGCCUCUUCGGGACAAGCUUCACGGAGAUGGAUGCCUUGAAAGGGAGGAACCAGACCACUAAGGGAAUGUGGGUUGCCAAAGCUGUUGGCAUUGAGCCCUUCACUGUUGUUAUGGAUUUGGAGGGGACGGAUGGGAGGGAAAGAGGGGAGGAUGAUACUGCCUUUGAGAAGCAGAGUGCCCUUUUUGCUCUUGCAGUUUCAGAUAUUGUUAUGAUAAAUUUGUGGUGUCAUGACAUAGGCCGAGAACAGGCUGCUAACAGGCCCCUUUUGAAAACAAUAUUUGAGGUUCUGAUGCGUUUAUUCAGCCCUCGCAAAACGACACUGCUACUUGUGAUUCGCGACAAAACAAAGACUCCUGUAGAGUAUCUUGCCCAGGCUCUAACGGAGGAUAUUCAGAAGAUAUGGGAUUCUGUUCCCAAACCAGAAGUCUUCAAGGAAGCUGCGCUAAGUGAUUUCUUUAAUGUGGAUGUCACUGCUUUGUCAAGUUAUGAAGAGAAAGAAGAACUAUUUAAGGAGCAGGUUGGGAAACUCAGGAACAGGUUUAUUAACUCAAUUGCUCCAAGCGGUUUAGCAGCUGAUAGAAGGGGUGUGAUACCUGCUUCAGCUUUCUGUAUUAGUGCGAUGCAGAUCUGGAAAGUAAUACAGGAAAAUAAGGAUCUAAACCUUCCUGCUCACAAGGUCAUGGUUGCUACUGUUCGUUGUGAAGAGAUUGCAGAUGAAAGGCUUCGAUCUUUUAUGUCGGAUGAGGGUUGGUUGGAGCUAGAGGCAGCUGCAAAAUCUGGUCCAGUAACAGGUUUUGGAAUGAAGCUCAGUGCCAUUGUUGAUUCUUAUCUAUCAGAGUAUGACAUGGAAGCCAUGUACUUCGAUGAAAGUGUCAGAACUGUUAAGCGUCAACAGUUAGAAUCGGAUAUUCUACAUCAUGCGUAUCCUGCUUUUGAAACAGUGGUGAAACAUCUGCAUUGCACGGUCCUCGAUAAAUUCAAAAGUGAUCUAGAACAAUCAUUGAGGACAGGUGGGAGAUUUGCUGUAACAGCUCGUUACUGUGCCCAGUCUUCAUUAGUGGAGUUUGACGUUGGAUGGAGAGAUGCAGUAGUUAAACAUGUGGACUGGGAUGGUACAAGUAUUAGAAACAAACUACAGCAGCAUGUAGAGGUUCAUACAGAAUCUGUUAGGAGUGCAAAAUUGGAUGAACUAAAAGCUACCUAUGAGAAAAAACUCUCGGAUGCACUUUCUGGACCUGUACAAUCAAUCCUAGAAACUGGCAACCGAAACUCUUGGGCAUCUAUUAGGAGAUUAUAUAGGCGUGAGACUGAAAAUGCUAUACUGAGAUUUUUAAAUUCCCUUUCUGAGUAUGAGCUGGACCAGACAGCUUCUGCUCAAAUGGUCUUAGAAUUAAGGGAACAUGCAAGAUGCACAGUAGAAAAGAAAGCUCGAGAAGAAGCUGGAAACGUUCUUAUGCGUAUGAAAGAAAGGUUUUCCACUGUUUUGAGCCGUGAUAAGGAUUCAAUGCCAAGAACAUGGACAGCAAAUGAAGAUAUACGUUCAAUCACCCGAGAAGCACGCUUGGCGGCUCUAAGACUUAUGUCAGUUAUGGCAGCUGUACGGUUGGACGAAAAACAAGAUAAAAUAGACCGCGCUCUCAUGAUUUCCCUUUUAGAUGGAGGACCACUUUCCCAAAAGAGGAGCAUCGAGUUCACUUCCGAUCCACUUGCUUCAAGCACGUGGCAAGAGGUGUCACCAAAGGAUACACUAAUCACACCAGUGCAGUGUAAAUCCAUCUGGAGGCAAUUCAAAGCAGAGACAGAGUAUCCUGUUGCACAAGCAAUUUCGAUGCAGGAAGCACACAGACGUAGUAGCAACUGGUUACCACCUGCAUGGACCAUUCUGCUUCUUGCUAUACUUGGUUUCAACGAAUUUGUGUUUUUUCUGAGGAACCCUGUAUAUAUUCUGGGGCUGUUUCUCGCCUUUGUACUGUCUUAUGCUGUUUGGUUGCAAUACGACAUAACUGCUUAUUUCCGCAACGGCAAUGUGUCUGGACUUCUCACCAUUUCGUCAAGUCUUCUCCCCACUAUCAUGGAGAUCGUAACUGCGAUCGUCAACAUGACCCACAACAAGAAGCAUUCUUCGCACAUGUCUCGCGCCGGGCCACACCAUGCUCAAAGCUUCAGUAACCAGACGCGGAAACACGCUCAAGUGCACUACCAUGCUUCUCCAGACUCGGCGUCCUCGUCCUCCUCGGUGGACUCGAACAGUGACAAUGAGUCUUGAAGCCGCUAAUCACAAACGUCUCAUGGAAGAGCCGCUUCAGUAUUCAGGGGCGGGCUUUGUUGCUACACGAUGACCUGAUGUGCAGAUCAACAGUAGAAUGAACUGUAAAGUUGGCCAUUUGCUGAUUACUAGUAUAUGGUAAUAUCCACGGACUGUAGCUACGUGUGCAGUGUAUCGACUGUAACGUUGGCAUGUGCAGACUCGAACAUGAUUGUGUCAAAAAGGAUGAAAAGAACUCUACAUAAUACUACAUACGUACAUAUCCG